AUGCCGGCCUUCAGCCCGUUCGAAGUCAAUGCCGCCCAUCUGGCCUAUACGUUCCUCGGUGGCUUUGUCGUCCUCUUUGGCAUGCUCAGUUUGUUCCUCAAGGAAAAGCUGUACAUCGGUGAAGCCCCGCUCGCAACAGUCAUCGGAAUCAUCAUCGGUCCUCAUUGUUUAAGGCUUUUCAAUCCCUCAGGCUGGGCAAACGGGAAUGACGAUACCGUGGACGAGAUCACGCUCGAGGUCACCCGGGUAGUCAUUGCUAUUUCCGUCUUUGCAGUCGGUGUUGAACUGCCAAAGGCAUACAUGAAGAGGCAUUGGCGAUCACUAUUCUUCCUCCUUGGCCCAUGUAUGCUCUGGGGAUGGAUGAUUUCAGCCCUUUUGAUCUGGGGACUGAUUCCAGGGCUCAAUUUCCUCGCCUCGCUGGUCAUCGCAGCCGGUGUCACCCCUACCGAUCCCAUUCUGGCCCAAGCCGUUGUUGGUGGCAAGUUUGCCGACCAACAUGUGCCUGCCCAUAUCCGACAUCUUUUAUCCGCCGAAAGUGGAAGUAAUGAUGGUGCCGCCUUUCCUUUCCUCUACAUCGCCCUCUACCUCCUUCUGGACAACAGCCCCGGCCACGCAGUUGGAGAAUGGUUCUACAUGACAUGGGCUUAUGAAAUUGUUCUUGGCAUUCUGAUUGGUGCCGUGCUUGGAUUCAGUGCAAGAAAAUUCAUGAAAUUCGCAGAGAGGAAGCGCUUGGUGGAUAGGCAGUCUUAUGUUGCCCAGUAUGUCAGUCUGGCUGUCAUGACCAUUGGUGUUACUUCACUACUUGGAAGUGAUGAUUUACUUUCCGCUUUUGCUUGUGGUUGUGCUUUUGCUUGGGAUGGUUUCUUCAACAAGGCCACUGAAGAUGCAGUGUUCUCCAACGUCAUCGAUUUGCUCUUCAACUGUGCCGCCUUCAUCUACAUUGGCGCCCUCAUACCCUUUUCAAACUUUAACACCCCUGACGUCAGUACUCUUCGAGUAUGGCGUCUGGUGGUGCUGGCCCUCCUCGUCCUCCUCGUCCGACGGCUUCCCGCCAUGAUUGCUUGCUAUAAAUUCAUUCCCGACAUCAAGACUUUCCGAGAAGCCAUGUUUACAGGGUGGUUCGGUCCCAUGGGUGUCGGUGCCAUCUUUAUCUCCACACUCGCUCGAACGUCUCUGCCUGAAGGAGAAGCCGACAUGAAUACCGAAGUCGUUGAUCGUUUGAGAGAAGUCAUUGGCCCUAUCACUGCAUUCUUGGUCUUGUCUUCGGUCGUUACCCACGGCAUGUCAAUCCCCUUUUUCUCCCUCGGUCGACGAGUCCACUCCAUCACCUACACCCGAUCCCGCAAUCUCUCUAUGGAUACUCGGGGCGACGAGCCGGCGUGGACCACCCAUGCGCGACGCGUCGUUCCUGGUCAAGACAUUGUCAUCAACCGAGAUGAUGACGAUGAGGAGGGCGAUCUGGGUAUCGUGCGGAGGGAUACCUUGCACAGCGAGGCCAAUGUCCACCUGGGAGGAAAGAUUGUCGAAGAAGACAGUGGCGGUAGCAGUUCGUCUGGAGGCAGACCGGGCGAGGAUAUCGAGAUGGUGGAAAAGAGGCGGAGAUCAAGUCGGGGAAGCGAAGAAGCAGAAACAGUCGAGCUCGAGCCGCGAAGGUCAAGGACAUCGCGGGACGAAAGUCCCAAGUCAUCUGUGGAGCAGGCGGAGGAGGAGGAGGGAGACGAGAUCAUACAUAGUGGAGGCAGGAGCACACCGCCCCUGGCAGAGUAUAGGGAAGGUCCUCAUCUGGUGAUUGAGCGUAAAGCCAAGGACAGCGAUGAGGUAGAGGUUGAGGUCAUCAGAAACCAUUUCUCGGAUGGAAAGAAGCCUGAGCGUGAAAGCUUUACCCACCCCCAUCGACUCAAAUCAAAGGAGCUCGACGAGUUGCUUCAACAUCUGCCAAAGAGUCUUGAACACGCCACCUCGCGUGUUCAGGAUGGUGGCAAGAACGCCGUUGAUAGGUUGGGUCUGGGUCUCAUGCGACCUGCAGGCACGCCUGUCGGCACUCCUUCCGAAAUGUCAGAAAGUCCCUUUCGUAUAGAGAGGACUGACAGCCCAGAGUCUCUGGCGGAAGAGGGUAGAAUGGGCCACCACAACCACAGAUUCUCCCACGGCUCGGAGGGAGUAGAAAAUGAGGAAGACUAUGAGGAUGUUGAAGGCGAGGAGCCUACUCGCCAGGCGAGAAAGUAUCAACGGCCACCUGCUAUCCAUGUCUCUCGACAAAAUAGUGCAGGCCCACCUCGGCGAUCCAUCCGUGCUCGCCUUUUCGGGAGACGACAGCAGUCAUCCAGUUCUCCCUCGCGGCUUGAAGAAGGUACUGCCAUUCCCGACUCUUCCCUGCUGGCGCCGUCAUCCGCACUCAAUCGCCCUCAAUCCGUUCCCGACGACUCUCGCACUCAGAGCCAGUCCCUGGGUAUCCCACUUACCAGGACAAUGUCUUCCAGCAGACCAGCUGUCAGGUUUGCUGAGGAUACCAGUAUGUCGUCUGAGACUGCUCCGGGACAGGCCAACUAUGGGAGCAACAACCCUGGUUUCAGGCGGAACCCCGCGUUGACCAUGUCCAGGACUGCGAGUGUGCAGAGUACAGGGGAUGGGCCGAGUGUUUCUUUUGUGGAGCCCGAAAUCGAGCGCUAG